UGCCCCGGGCCCGCCCCGCACGGCCCGGGAGGAGCCGCCGCCGCCGCGGGCACCGGCACCAGGGGCACCGGCGCGGCCAGGAGCGGCGGCAGCGGCGGCACCAUGGCCUCGGAGAGCGAGGCGCAGCGGGCGCUGCAGUAUGAGCAGACGCUGAUGUAUGGGCGCUACACGCAGGACCUGGGCACCUUUGCCAAGGACGAGGCGGCCCGGCUACGGCUGCAGCAGGAGCAAGGGGAGGCCACCCCCAGGCCACGCCGCCCCUCUGAGCUGCUGGAGUACACCCAGGGCCGCUGUGCCCCCUGCCGCAUCUGCGCCUUGCAGUGCCAGCGGUUCCUCAUCUCCAAGGUGGGCGAGGACUGGGUCUUCCUCAUCCUCCUGGGGCUGGUCAUGGCACUGGUCAGCUGGGCCAUGGACUUUGCCAUCGCCACCUGCCUCCAAGCCCAGAAGUGGAUGUACGGGGGCCUGGACACCAACGUGCUGCUGCAGUACCUGGCCUGGGUCACCUACCCCACUGUGCUCAUCACCUUCUCAGCUGGCUUCACCCAGAUCCUCGCGCCCCAAGCCGUGGGCUCGGGGAUCCCUGAGAUGAAAACCAUCCUGCGGGGUGUCGUGCUGAAGGAGUACCUCACCCUCAAGACCUUCGUGGCCAAGGUGAUCGGGCUGACGUGCGCCCUGGGUAGUGGCAUGCCCCUGGGCAAGGAGGGUCCCUUCGUCCACAUCGCCAGCAUGUGUGCAGCCCUGCUCAGCCGCUUUCUCUCCCUCUUCGGGGGCAUCUAUGAGAACGAGGCGAGGAACAUCGAAAUGCUGGCGGCUGCCUGUGCCGUAGGUGUUGGCUGCUGCUUCGCCGCCCCCAUCGGAGGCGUCCUCUUCAGCAUCGAAGUCACCUCCACCUUCUUCGCCGUCCGCAACUAUUGGCGUGGCUUCUUUGCUGCCGCCUUCAGUGCCUUCAUCUUCCGUGUCCUUGCUGUCUGGAACAAGGAUGAAGAGACGAUCACAGCGCUGUUCAAGACCCGCUUCCGCCUCGACUUCCCCUUCGACCUGCAGGAGCUGCCUGCCUUCGCCGUCAUUGGGAUCGCCAGUGGCUUCGGGGGCGCGCUCUUUGUCUACCUCAACCGCAAGAUCGUGCAGUUCAUGCGCCGCCAGAAGGCCAUCAACCGCUUCCUCAUGAAGAAGCGCCUGCUCUUCCCUGCCCUGGUGACGCUGCUCAUCUCCACGCUGACAUUCCCACCCGGCUUUGGACAGUUCAUGGCCGGCCAGCUCACCCAGAAGGACACCCUGGUGACACUGUUCGACAACCAGACGUGGGCCAAGCAGACGCUCAGCAAUGAGUUCGAGUACCUGGGCAUCCUGGAGGCCUGGCACCACCCCCGCUCCAACGUCUUCAUCACCCUCAUCAUCUUCAUCCUCAUGAAGUUCUGGAUGUCGGCCCUGGCCACCACCAUCCCAGUGCCUUGCGGAGCCUUCAUGCCUGUAUUCGUCAUCGGGGCAGCCUUCGGGCGCCUGGUGGGGGAGAGCAUGGCAGCCUGGUUCCCCGACGGCAUCCACACCAACAGCAACACCUACCGCAUCGUGCCAGGGGGCUACGCCGUGGUGGGAGCGGCUGCGCUGUCAGGCGCUGUCACCCACACGGUGUCCACGGCCGUCAUCGUCUUUGAGCUGACGGGACAGAUCUCGCACAUCCUGCCUGUCAUGAUUGCCGUCAUCCUGGCCAAUGCUGUGGCUCAGAGCCUGCAGCCCUCCCUCUACGACAGCAUCAUCCGCAUCAAGAAGCUGCCCUACCUCCCUGAGCUGGGCUGGGGCCACCAUGAGAAAUACAAUGUCCGGGUGGAGGACAUCAUGGUGCGGGACAUCCGCUACGUCACCCUCAACUGCAAGUACCGGGACCUGCAGGACGUCCUGCAGAGUACCAAGAUGAAGAGCCUGCCACUGGUGGAGUCAGCUGAGUCCAUGAUCCUGCUGGGCUCCAUCGAGCGGGCACAGGUGGGGGCCCUGCUCUGCCACCAGCUCAGCCCCCAGCGCCGGCUCCAGGCCCUGCGGCACCGGCUCUCUGAAGCCAGCAUCUGCUUCCAGGUGAGGGGGGCAGCUACCUUGGGGGAUGCCCGGCCAGGGUGCCCCCCACAGCCGUGCUCUGACCACCCCACCCCCCCACAGAUCAGCACUGAGGCCUCCUCAGGCCCCCCAACCCGCACUGCCUCCCGCAAGCCCCUGAAGCCAGCGCUGAAGCGGGUGCCCAGCAGCUUGGCUGAGACCCUCCCAGCUGGCUCCGCCGACCACAGCGGCAUUGCCCUCAAGAACCUCUUCUGUGCCAACACUGCUGCAGAGCCCACUGAGGCACAGGGCAUGGCCUAUCGCAAGGCCAAACACGUCCGCAUUUCCAUCACGGAGGAGAUGGAUCUGGGUGACAAGAUGACCCCAGCAGAGAUCCUGGACUGGGAGGAGCAGCAGCUGGACCAGCUGGUGGACUUCAGCAGCGCCAAGAUCGACCCUGCGCCCUUCCAGCUGGUGGAGCACACCUCACUGCACAAGACCCACACCAUCUUCUCGCUGUUGGGGCUGGACCACGCGUACGUCACCAGCAUUGGGCGCCUGGUGGGCAUGGUGUCCCUCAAGGAGCUGCGCAAGGCCAUCGAGGGCUCACUGACAGCCAAGGGGGUGAAGGUGCGCCCACCGCUCGCCAGCUUCCGCGACAGCACCACCAGUGCCGGUGAGCCCGACACCACCGCCCUGCGCCAGCUCUGGGACCGCCACCAGCACCACCCCAUGCCCCGCGAGGCCAGUCCCGGGGACAACAAUGACAACAACACCCCCAAGGGCCAGUGAUAUGGGGUCCCACCCCGUGUCCCCAGGUGUUGCAGGGGCUCCCAGUGGGUGCUGGGGGAUGCCCACCCUGUGCCUGCCUGUGCUGGGCUUGGCGUAGGGGUGGGAACCCUCAAUCCAGUGCCACUGUCCUCCCACCAUGCCAGGGGCUGGCCACGUGGCCCCCAGCCUGCCCAUGCCCCCCCACCUCCCUGCCAGCUCCUACUUUGCUACCUCUGCCCCCCAUCCUAGGUGCCCCUGGCACAGCCACCGCCCUCACCCCCCACCCCAGGCACCCCAAUGUCCCUGCUCAGGGUGGCACAUCGGGCAGAGGGGCAUCAGGUCAGGGUGCCCAUGGGGACACAGGUGGGCACUGCCCCCCUCCCCAGCACCUCAUGGCUGGGAAGGGGGGGGGUCCUGCCACCUCUCCACUGUGUACCCCAACUCCAUGUAAAUACAGAGAUUUUUAUAUUAAUUUAAUAAAAGCACUUUAUAAACAGA